AUGGAAGAACCAGGUUGUAAUGAGCAAGGGUUAGAACUUUCUGAUCAAGAGGACGAGCUUGAGGAAGGUUAUGAUGAAGAAAUAGCAGCUACCCCAGACUGCAACAUGUUUAACCUUUGUCAUGAAGAUAGUGUCGAGGAAGGAAUACCGGGGCCAAAUACUGUUCCUAGUUGCAACAUGGUGUUCACUUUGUCCUCAAAGUAUGCUCUUCCAAGGCCGAUGCCAUCUUAUCUAUUCAUCGGAGCUGAGAUAGAAGGUAAGAGAGUGAACAAAAUUCUCGUCGAUGGCGGUGCAGCAGUUAGCAUUAUUAUAGUAAAGACAGUCGAAGCACUUGGCAUUGCAAAGGAGAAGGUUCUCAGUAGCAAUCUUAAGGUCAGGAGUUUUGAUGGCAACUUAACUAAGACCUUGGGAGUUUUGAUCCUCAAAAUCAAGAUAGGACCUUCUGAGCUGUUCCAGACAUUCUUCGUUACAGAUUGCACCGCUCCAUACAGCAUCAUACUUCGCAGGGAUUGGAUACAUAGAGCUUACUGCAUCCCUUCUACUCUACACUAA